AUAAAAUGUGCUAUUUUGGAUUAAAAUUAUGUUGUCUAUUUAUGAAAAAAUAAGAAAAAUAAUUUAAUGUCUAUAUUUAAUUUCUCACCCAUAUGGGAAUUAUGUUGGCACUGUCAUUUAGUAAUCGCUUCAAUGACGAGGGCGGUUGACAUUACCAUUUUAAUUUUUGUAAUCAUUGUUAUUAUUUUAUAUACAUAUUUGUGAAUGAAUUAUUAUAAAAGGCAAUUGCCAGCGGUCAGCUAGCGAAGUGACAGUACAAUUGAAUACAAAAAUCAGUUGAGUUGGAAUUGAACGAAGUUUUUAAUAAAAGUAAAUAAGUGGUUAGUGGAUUUAUUUCACAAGCUAACUGUAUAUAAUAUUUAUAGAAUAUAUCAAAUUUUAAUAUUUAAUUGAAACGUAUGGUGGUAUUUUUGUAUGUAUAGGAUUUUAGGAGCAUAUUAAAAAAACGAACAAGCAAAGUGAAAUUCCAAAGCAUGGUAUGUACUUCUCUCCAACACUUUCGUUGAUAAGCUAUGAAUGUUGUGUACUUACAACAAAAGCAAUCAAUUAUAAUUAUUUCUUAUUGGAGCAUGUUUAUGUAUUUUCAUUGAUGUUUAUUUUUUUAUUUUAUUUGUGCAGAAAGUUUUAACAAGAGACAAUUACAGAAUUUACGCUGCAUUAUUGCAUAAUUUGAUGUCAGCUUUCUUUUGAAUACUAUACAAAUAAUAUUGUGAUUGACAAUUACAUAUGUAUGUAGUCCACUUUCGAAAGUACAUGCAUUGCCUUGGAACAACUAUUAAGGGGCAUAUUACAGAUUUCAUUAUUGGCUUAGAAACUAGACAAAUACUUAAUAAAUAUUUAUUACCUCUCAUGAUUUUAAUAGCACGUAACUUUUUGAAAUCAAAGUAUUACCGUAAAUUUCGAAAAAUAUAUCAAAUUAUACCAUAAUAUUAGCGAAUGUUUUGCUAACUAAUAUUAAUACUGUAAAUAUUUCCCAACAGUUUUUUUUUUAUUGAAUAGUCGUGUUUAUUGUCAUUUUGUAUUCCAUUCACAGUCUACAUAAAUUGAUUUAUAAUUCUGUUAUCAUCCGAAUAUGUGUUGAAAAAGAGAAAUAUUUGUUGAACAUCCAGAUUCUAAAAGCAUGAGUCGUGAAAGCGAUGGCAAUUUGAGUUCAAUUAACUCAGCAUAUGCAGAUCAUGGUGCCGUUCUAACACAAGAUACAGAACAGUUUAUAAUUGGUCAGAAAGUAUGGGUAGGCGGCAUUCGCCCCGGACAAAUUGCUUACAUUGGCGAGACUCAUUUUGCCCCUGGAGAUUGGGCUGGAAUUGUAUUGGAUGAACCGAAUGGUAAAAAUGAUGGUUGCGUCGCUGGCAAACGUUAUUUCCAGUGUGAACCGAGGCGUGGUAUUUUCUCGCGCUUAACACGUCUCACAUUGGCACCAUUUUCUGGGGCAAAUACGCCCACCUCGCCAUUAGCAAAAAUGUCUCCAGAACGUUCACGUACAGUGUCACCAACUGCCAGCAUACGCAGUUCAUUUCUACGCAGCCCGGGAAAAAAUGGUUUGGCAGUUGGCGAUCGCAUUAUUGUGUCGUCUGGCUUCGGUAGUCGUCCAGGUAUAUUGCGUUAUUUGGGUGAAACGCAGUUCGCUUCAGGCAAUUGGUGUGGUGUGGAAUUAGACGAGCCUUCUGGUAAAAACGAUGGCUCUGUCGAUGGUAUAAAGUAUUUCGAAUGUAAGCCGAAAUAUGGAGUGUUCGUGCCGAUUGCCAAAGUCUCACUUUCGCCGUCAUCAAAAAAGUCUCGUCUAUCCAGAGCAGGCUCUCGAGAAUCUCUCAACUCAAUUGGUACUAUAAACAGCAUCGCAACAACAAAUACAUCUCGCUUGCGCAUGAAUGCACAGCGCAAAUCUUUGUCAAUCAAGCCGGUCGUUGCCCCUCCUAAAUCGCAAUAUUCCAUGCAGGAUUUACUACACGAGAAGCAGAAGCACAUUGAGCAGUUAAUGAUCGAGCGAGAGUUGGAUCGUGAGGAUUGCCAGAAUCAGGCGCUACAAUACCAGAAGAAUAUAAACGAGCUGAAGUCCCGAAUAAUUCAAUUGGAGCGCUCGCUGGAUGAUGAACGUAAAAAAUCGGAAGAUUUGCAAUUCUCUAUUGAUGAGGCUACAUACUGUGGUAACGAUGUCCAAUCUCAUGUAUAUAGGGAUAAAAUUCAGGAAUUGGAGAAAAAAUUAACAUAUCUUUCGACAGAAACAGAGUCCGGUAAAGAUACCUCUACUGUCAUUAAUGUGCCGACUGAAACGUCCAUUGCCGAGAACGCCAAAAUUUCAUUACAGUUACAACAACAAAAAGAGGAGUACGAAGCACGACUGGCUAAUGCUGGAGAUGAGCAAACAAGAUUGCAGGAAAAUAUAGAAUAUCUUCGAAAGGAAAAUGAAGGAUUGCUAAAAGAGUUGGUGUACAAAGAUGAGAGUCUUGAAAAGUUCUCAUUAUCAGCAUGUGGCAUUCAAAAUCUGAGUCAUGAAUUGGAUCUGCUCAAAGAAGAAGCAGAGAAGGAGCGGCAGCAAUUGCAAACCGAUUUUGCUCUUAAACUGGAGGAGAAGGAUGUACAAUUAAACACAUUGCGCUCUGAACUUACUUCUCAGAAAAAUGCUCUAUCUACGGUAGAGAUCGAACGAUCUAAUAACCAAGAUGAACGUGAGAUCUUAAUGAUAGAAUGCAAAAAUCGUGAUUCACAAUUGCAGGAUCUUAAUGAGCAACUAGCGAAGUUUAAAUCGGAAUUAAGUAUGCAAAAAGCAGAGAAUGUGACACUGGAGGAACUGGUAAAUAUACAGCAGGAUAAGCUUUUGCAGGAGAAAAACCAGGUGGCUGAAAAUUUGAAAGAAAUCAAGAAAUUUAAAGAUGAGAUAAUAAGUUUGCGAAAUGCUAAAGACUCUGCAGAAAUACAGCUUAGAACUGUCAAUGAAGGCGUGAGAAAAUUGACUGAAUCGCAGAAAGCCUUGGAAGAGCUGUUGUCGGCUGCAACAUGUGCAGAUCACGAGCAUCUCGAUGCGAUUACACAAUUGGGUAUCGUUAUAGAAGAUAUGAAAAAAAAAUUAAAUAAUCAUACAGCAGAAAAUGGUCGUCUAAAUGCAGAGCUUAAAAAAGAACAAGAAUUAAAAGUUAUUGCCGCUGUUACAGAAGGAGAACUUCGAAGGCUUUUAAUAGAUCAGCAACAAAAAUAUACAGUUAGCCUAGAAGAAUUAAAAAAAUCGAAUACAAACCUGACAGAAAAUCUAGAAAGUGAUAAACGAAAAUUUCAGGAAUGUUUAGAUGAGAAAAUGAGAAAGAUUGAGGCUCUUAACAUCGAGGUCGAUCAAUUCAAACAAGGCUUAAAUCAUCUUGAAUCGAAUUCUUCGACUACCGAAAAAGAAUUAAAUUCAAAAAUCGAAGAACUUAAAUUAAAGGAGCAAACCCUUCUCGAAGAUUUAAGAACUAAAGAAAAUGCUUUAAAGUCUCAGACGGAGGCAUGUGCGUAUCACGAUCGCGUAAUAGCAGAGAAAAUAGAGUGCCUUAACACGACCAUGACUGCACUUGAAAGCGCAAAUAAUGAUUUAAAUAAACAAAAGCAGGAACUAUCGCUAACUUUAAACAAAUGUUCUGAUUUAAACAUCGCAAAUAAAAUACAAGAUGAGCAAUGUGCUCAACAACAACUUGAAAUUGGAAAUUUAACGCGCAAGCUAGAUAGCCUCAAUACAAAAUGUGAAAGUCUAAAAACUCAAAAUGAGACUCUUGAAAAUGGGCUUAAUUCUUCCCGUUCAAUUAUUUCUCAACUUGAGGAUGAGGUUAGUAGACUUAAAGAUGAACUCGCUAUGCAUCAAAAGAAUUUACUCGAAACUGAAGGAAAAAACCACGAUGAACGAUUGAAGUUAGAAAGUCAGAUAGAAGAGAUUAAUCAGAAAUUUAGAAAUGUAUCAAAAGAUUUGGAAGAAGAGCGCGCAAUCACUGAGCAAACUCGCAGCGAGAUAUCAAAAAAAAAUAAUCAAUUGACUGUUCUUGAGGAAAAGAGUGUUAAACUAGAGCUUACACUCAGUGACGAGAAGCGUCAGCAGGAGAAUUUGCAAAGCAAAUAUGAAUCUAUGGUUGUGCAGAAUAAAACACUUGAAACAGAUUUAAACACCCUCCGUACGUCAUCUACAGAUUCAAACACUGAACUUUUAAAAAUGUCACAAAUGGUGACACUAAAACAAAAAGCUUACGAUGAACUAUUGGAUAAAACCAACAUGGACCGCAUUAACCUCGAAGGGCAGUUGGAGGCCAGUCAACAACGCCUAGAUAUAUUAUGUAGCCAGGUGGAGACGCUUACGCAGGAAAUGAAAAGUGCUACAGAGCAGAAUAUCAAGCGUGUAGAAAUGCUUAAGCUGGAACAAGAAAAAUGUGGUAAACAGGAGCUAGAAUUAAGUGAGCUAUCACGCAAACUUGAAGUACUUUCUGCGAAAUAUACGGGAAUAGAGAGUGAAAAUGAGCAUCUUCAAAGAGAUUUGGCAACAUUACGGAACCAGUCAACCACUUCAAGCGCACUUGUAACCAAAUUGACUGAGGACCUUACUCAAAAACAGAAAACUAUGCAGGACUUAACAGACAAAUCAGCUGCUGAUCGCUUGCAACUAAGCAACCAAUUGCAGGAACUAGAACAGCAACUUGAAGCAAAACUUCGUGAUACGGAUCUGUUAAGAAGUGAACUGCAAGCAGCAAUAAAAUCAAAAGACAAACAGGCAGAAGAGUUUGAGUUAUUGAAACUGGAAAUGCAAGCGCAGUCAACAUAUCAGUUAAAUUAUUUGAAGGAGAAAGAAUCGACCGAGCAGGCAAAAAUUAUCGAAAAUUUCCAAGAGCAGCUAAAGGAUGCAGAGCAAAGUAAGACCAAGUUAAAUGAGGCUAUUUCCAGUCUACAACAACAAAUAAAACUUCUACAAGAUGAAUUACUAAAAUCUCAACUAGAUUUUAAAGCAAAGGAGGAUGAACUAGGUAAACAAAUCAUUAAUUUAUGCAACGAGGCUGAACAGAUACGUGAAGUAUUACAUCAAACCCAAUUGGAUGGUUCAAAUUCACUCAGCACUUUGGAGUUAGAAAAGCUGGAACUACACAAGAUGAUAGAGAGUUUGCAAUCAGAACUGAAAACAAUCGAAGACGAACUGAGAAAAAGUCGUAGUGAAAUCGAACAGUUGAAAGAAGCAGAGUCAAGCGUUCUUCAAGAUGCCAAGGAGUUCCAAAAUCAAAUUGAAUCGUUGAAAAGCGCAUUAGAUGUUGCGAAUACUGAAGCUCAAUUUAGAACAAAAAUGGCAGAAGAGGAUAAAAAUAAGAUAGAGGAAUUGCGGAAAAUGGUGGAGACGGUGCAAACAGUCAAUGCAAAUAUUUCAGCAACCAAUGCGGAGAUGUCGCAUGCACUGCAGUCCUUAGAACAAGAAAAAUGUGAAACAGGCCAUAUAUUCGAACUCUUUGAAAUGGAAUCUGAUCAAAAUAUAGAAAAACUUGGUGAAAAGCUUGUUCACUUGAAGCAGAAAUUGAUUGAUGCGCAAGCUCAUAUUGAACAAAAAUCGGCCAUUAUAACGGAAAAAGAAAGCGAACUGUCGAGUAUCUUGGUUAAAUUUGAAGCAUCACAAAUGGCUUUAGUAGGUGUACAGAGCACAUUAUUAGAUCAAGCCACAAAAAUCUCUGAAUUGAAUACUGCAAAUACGGAAUUGGAAAAACUAGUUUUUGAAAAAAAAUAUUUAUUAGAACAACAAGCAGCCUUGCGAAGUCAACUCGAUGAAUAUAAAGGAGUAGUUAACGAAAUGGAUAAUGAAACCACGGCUAAGAACGAAACACUGCAACAACUGCAGGAACGUGUUAAAGAGUUAGAAGAAGAAAGAUUGCGCAAUAUUGAAUCUCAAGAAAGAUUAAAUAGUGAUAACGUUAAAAUACAACGAAAACUUGAGAUUCUUGAUUUGGAGAAAACUCGUGAAAUAGUUGCUGCACAAAGUCGUAUCAAUGAAUUGCAGGCAUUGAAAGUAUUCAAACCAAAUAGUGCAUCAACUCGUGAUAUCCCAAAAGAGGGUGAAGAACCAGAAGGCAACUUAGCACAAAUCAACUUUCUGAAUUCUAUAAUUGCGGACAUGCAAAAGAAAAAUGAUUCUUUAAAGGCUAAGAUCGAAGCACUCGAAGCGUUACCCACGGACUUUACGCAGCCCAAAGCUUUUGAAUUAAUCGCUAAACGCAAACCAGCUCCUCGUGUUUUCUGUGAUAUUUGCGAUGAAUUUGAUAAACACGAAACCGAAGACUGCCCUCUUCAAGCAUCCGAUGUCCGAGACUACUCACCUCCACCUCUGACGGAAGAGACGGGAAAAAAGAUCCGGAAAUUACCAGAACCACGAAAAUACUGUGAAACCUGUGAAGUUUUCGGCCACGUAACGGGUGAAUGCGCUGAGGACGAGUGGUAGCAAAACUUUAUUUACUAUAUACAAAUGUAUUUUAUGUUUACCUACUAACUAAUGAUAUUGAACUUUUCAACUUUUUCAAUAUGCAUACAUAUAUAUUUUUAAAUAUUAUGCGUUUGUGAUAAACAGUUGAGGAUCUUAUUGUUUUUAAUCAUUCUUUGCUACUCAUGUACGGGUACAUAUGUACAUAACUCUCUUCUUUCACUUAGUUAUAGAAACACUUGUACAGAAGUAUAGCAAAAAUUUAUAUGUAUUGCUAAUUAUAAUAUAAUUUUAUAAUUUCUUUAACUAAUAUAUAUUAAAGAUUGGCAAGGAACUAAAGAAAUAUAGACACUCUUUGUGUCAUUACAUUACUGUAAAAUAGCUGCUUACAACUAGUUUGUUAUUUGUAUUUUUGCACGCAACAGUUAUCCAAUACAGGUACAUACAUACUUAUGUAUGUAAAUAUAUUAAAAUAUAUUUUGUUGUUAAUCGCCGAUUCUGUUGUGAUUUACUUUAUUUAAAUUUGCAAUUAAAAUAUAUAUGUAGAUAGGGGAAAAAUUUAAUAUGUACAAUAAAAUUUACAUAUUGUAAUAUUAAUAACGCUAGUUAAGACGUUAAGAGCGAAACAGUGCAGUGCAUAGAUAUACCAUGGUAUAAGGGAGUAGCGUUUCCCACUAUCAAAGAGUACGUUUCACAAAAAAACGAACGUGGCCGCCUCUGGUGAGUCAGGGUGGCUAGCGGUCUAAACGAGUUGCGCAUAACCAAAAACACUGUAAUUUUGUUUAUAACUAUUUGCAAUUUGUAUUAUAAAAGAGUGUUUAAUACUGUUAACAAAUAAUUAAAUUAUAUCGUCUUGAUAUAGAAAUAUGCGGUAUAUUUUUAAGCAUUUUAAUUAACUUACUCAUGGACAAACUGGAAAUUCAAUUUUAUUAUGAUUGGAUCGGAAGCAAUAACUAUUGCAUUAUACGACUGUUGGAGCACUACGCCCGCGAUCUGCAAAUAGAGCGUUUGAGAUCCUACACGUUCCAAAAUGAAGUGCUUCUGUUGGAAUGUGAGUAUCAUUUGCUAAUAAUUUCCAAAAUUAAAUUAAAAUAAUUGUCUAUAAUUUAAUUAGUUAGUUACAGUUUUUAAGAUAUCGAUAGUUUCUCCUUUGCACACGUCCUUUUCUGUUCAAGAAGUUGAUCAUUUGUCGGAGCCGCCGAUAUCGGACCACUAUAGCACAAAAAAGUUUCUGAAAAAUUCUACACAUAUUCUCCUUGUAAUAAUUUAUACUACUCGGUCACAUUUUUACAUAUUAUCAAAUAUAUCAACUUAUUACUGUAACUAAAA